AUGGCGAACCAAUACACGUCUUUCCUGCAGUCUCCGACCACUUCUCUUCUGGCUGCUGAUGCGACCCUCGUAUACGUAACGACGACCACGGAAAUUCAAGAGCCGACAGCGAUCCUCAAGCACAUCCAGUCGCAGCAGAAGCAAGUCGUGAAGAAGGAUGAGAAGGUCCUCAAUGCCAUUGAAGGACAGGAUGGUCUUUGUCUAGAGACGGAGACUACGCUGCUCUUCAAGACUGGUGGUGGCGCAUACCUACCUGGCGUAGAUGAGAACUUCCUCGACGAGCGAACGGUCACGUUUCCGUUGACGCACGUGGUCCGCUUCGACGCGGAGAAGAAGAUCAAGCAGAUGCGCUUGUAUUGGGAUCAAGGCACCUUGCUAAAACAGGUCGAGGUCAUUGGACGGACUGGACGUAAUUGGCCGAUCAAGGAUGGAAAGGCGCAAAUCCAGGCAGUCACUAAGAGCCUCAAUGCUGGUGGCCGCACAAUCGAGAUCAAUGGCACCUCCUCGCAGCAAGCUCACAAAGGACCGCACAAUGGCGUGGCGAGCCAGCAGCAGAAGCGAGGAAGCAUGAGUGCUACGCGUGACCCGCAUGCUAGCCUCAACCUCUUUGGGCCUCGUGAUCCUACCGAAGAGUCUGAGCCGCGUUUUGACGGACCUGGACAUGCUAUCCGCGAGUCAAUGGCUCCUCAGUCUCGUGACCUCAACCAGAUUCUCGCCGGCAACGAUGAGGAUACACCAAUGGGAUCGAACGUACGUAGUCCGUCUCCAGUGAAGGGAGACGGCGUCAUCUUGAAGUCUGGCGCGGGCAAGCACCACAAACCGAACCGGCUCUUCGACGAGAACGAACCGCCUGCAGAGCCCCGCUCACCAGAGAAGAAAAAGACUUACGCCGACAAGCACAGCCAUUUUGAGUUUGGUGACAACGGAGAUGCACCGGCGCAGCAGAGGCCGGCAAGCAGCAGAGCCAGCAGGAACAAUCAGACGCAGAUCAAAUUCGAGGACUUCUCUUCGCCACUGCAGGUCAGAGAAAAGACGAGGCCAGACUACGAGAGGCACUGGGGUGCAGGAGUCGACGCGGACGACCCGCAAUCUCCAGUCAAGCGUCCUGUCGUGCACGCUGCCCGUCCCGACGCCGACACUCACUUCGAGUUCACCGACGAGUCGCCAGCCCCGGCGGAAAAGGGCAAGUCAUUUCAACGCCAGAAAGGCAUGGGACUCUACCAAGAUCCGCUGUACGCCGACGACCGCACUGCUCUGAAGGGCAACAGCCGCGCCGCCUACGAUUUUGGCCCGCAAUACAGCAUCGCCGACUCCUCGCCCGUUGGCCAGCAGGCCACUAAAGCCAGCGGCAAGGCUCGCGGUGACAUGGAUUCCCACUGGAGCCACGAGAGUCCGGUGAAGGAGAAGCAAAUAUACAAGACUGCUGGGGAUGGUAUGGGCGGACGUAAGGCCAUGACGAGAUCUUGGGGCUUUGGAGACGAGUCAGAUCCUGAAGUCGAUAACGCUAACGUGCGACCCAGUACUAGGAGUAAAGGCGGGCGUCAGCGAGACAUGCAGUAUCACACGGAAGCGGGAGCGGGUCAGUUCUGA